AUGGGCCAGUUGCACGACGCCGACGCACCACUGCCCAACCUACCUUUGCCGCGAGAGCUCAGAGACCAGAUCUGGGCGUACCUGCUGGACGGAAACGAGGUCUUAGCCGCCCCAUAUCGAGACCGCGCCGACAUACACGCCUUAUCAAGCACGAGCAGGCGCAAGUACCGCAACAAAAGCCGUGCCCACACCUACAACUUCCACACCAACAUCUUUGCCGUCAACCGCGAGAUCCAAGCCGAGGCGGAGAAAGUGUUCCACGAGCGUAACGCACUCAUCGCCGUUAUCUUGGGAGGGCCGAAGAUACUGUCGCUCGUGCACGACUUCGGUCUGCCCAUGAUCUCGGAGAGUCGCCACAUCAAAGCCGCAACUCCCCGGAUAUUUGCCCGUCUCAAAUUCCUGCACCCGCUGCAGACUGAAGAGACUCCCAUCUACUGCUGCCUGAUGCUCCUGCGAGAUUUUCCGGUCCUGCGGAACCUGAUGCAGUGGCUUUUCUUGAUGAUGUCAAUGCCGGCCAGCAUUCGUAGUCACGACGCUGAGACACCUCUCGUCACUUUCGGUGCGAUUGGUGAGCCUGGGUCCACAAGUCUGGAGCUCUAUCUCAGACCUGCGGUCCCAUCAUUCGAGAAGAGAUUUGGGAACUUGGUGGCUGACCUUGAGGACCUCAAGCUACCUGGAAGUGCUCUCAAAGUGAGAUUCGCCGAUGUUGACGCCGACACUCAACACUCCCAAGAUGCUUUGCAGGCUUUUGAGGCUCUCUUUGAGCAACGUAUCGGCAAGGACACAUUGAGAGCGACCGAUCUACUGUGGCUUGUCUCUGAUACUCUUAGCGUGCUCAAGACAGGUGCAGAUUCUCUUGUGGACCAAGAAGAAUACGACGCUGCCCAAAUGCGCUACGCCCAUAUGGCCAGAGCGCUUCACUAUUGGGACUUCCUUGUGGACAACAUACUGGAGCUCUGCAGCUCCAAGGCGACUCGGACCGUAAUGGUCCUGAUCCUCCACCAGGUCCUGGACAAUCUUGCUAUGCUCUGCCAACUGCAUCUUCGCUCUUGUAAUUUCGAAAGCGCUUCCCGCCUCAGCAAUGGCGUCGUCGCCGCGAUUUCCGGGCUCUGGAUAGCUAUGCCCGGAACAACGGCGGAACUCGAGCCGUUUGGCGCGCUUCGUUGGUUGAUGCGUAGCGGGAUUUACCAUACCAUGACGCUAAUCGACCUUCUUGAUGCCUGUGAGAACGUUGAACCUUCCAGAUCAUUAGCUCCUGGAUCAGCUCCCCCACCGUCACUCGACCAUGCGCAUGCGACGCUUCAUUCUCUGCUGAAGGAUCAUCCGAACGACGAAUAUUGCCGUCAUGACUUUGCUGUCGUCAACGAGAUCUUUCGGGACGAAAAGGUACAGUGA